AUGCUCGAGCAGUUGGGCACACUGCACGUGGGUCUGCACUGUGCCAUCUCGGCGGUAUGCGGCUCAGAUGCCAGUGACGGCGGAUGCAACCCCCGUUCGCCUGUCCGCAACCCCAUCUUCCGGUCAGCUAGGCCCUGAGGAAUGAGCACGUGGUGGUGUUCCGCGGGGAACUCCUUGUGUGUAAUCGCGAGGUAUGGGCAUGUGUCCGUCGAGAGCUAUAUCUUAGCCGGCGGCCGCUUCUCCUAUGAGGUGUUGUGUCACCGGCUUCCGUUCAGCCUUUCCCUCCAAGCAACCGGGACAGGAGGCUUGUUUACUCGCCUUGUUUCGUUUCUCAAGUCGGCUGCUCGCGGCCAGUACCAAAGUGGCCAGCCAUGCGUUUCCUCUCGGCGUUACUGGCCGCUGCCAGUCUCGUGUCGACCGCUAAGGCACACUGGCUUGGAGACAUCAAGCAUCAGGGAUAUGCGCCUUUUACUCCGUCGGGCUAUCCUGUCUUUCGCAACGUGAAGGACUACGGCGCAAGGGGCGAUGGCGUUACCGACGACACGGCGGCUAUCAUGGCGGCCGUCAACGCUGGCAACCCUUGCAACAGGAACUGUGCAUCAACAACCAUGACUCCUGCACUCGUGUACUUCCCGGCCGGCACGUAUCUGAUCUCGUCCUCGAUCAAACCGGCCUACUUCACCCAGCUCUUCGGCGAUGCUGCCAACCCGCCCACGCUCAAGGCCACCGCCAACUUUGCCGGCUUCGGUCUCAUCGAUGGCAACCCGUACUACACCGACGUCCUCAACUGGAAGUCUGUGAACGUCUUCUUCCGGCAGAUCCGCAACUUCAUCAUCGACACCACCAACAUCCCGGCGGCCACGGCGGCGACGGGCAUCCAUUGGCCGACGGCCCAGGCGACCAGUCUGCAGAACAUCGUGUUCAACAUGCCGACGGCCUCGGACGUGGUCCAUGUUGGUCUGUUCCUCGAGGAAGGAAGCGGCGGCUUCAUGACCGACCUCACCUUCAACGGCGGCGCGACGGGAGCCAGCAUGGGCAACCAGCAGUUCACCAUGAGGAACCUGAAGUUCAACAACUGCAAGACGGCCAUCAUCCAGAUCUGGAACUGGGGCUGGACGUACCACGGCCUGUCCAUCAACAACUGCCAGGUCGGCAUCGACAUUUCGGCCGGCGGCUCGAGCGCCCUGAACGUGGGCUCGGUGACGCUCCUGGACAGCAGCUUCACCAACACGCCCGUGGCCAUCCUCACCGCCUGGACGCCGAGCGCCAACCCGGACACUGCCGGUAGCCUGGUCAUGGAGAACAUUGCGCUCAGCAACGUGCCCGUUGCGGUCAAGGGGCCCGGCGGCACCAUGCUUGCGGGAAGCACGGGAUCCGCGACGAUCGCGGCCUGGAGCAACGGCCACCGCUACACGCCGUCGGGUCCCGUCGAGACGUCGGGCGCGGUCAGCGCUAACGCGCGCCCGGCCGCGCUUCUCUCCAACGGACGAUUCUACACGCGCUCCAAGCCGCAGUACGAGAACCUGCCGGCCUCGUCCUUCGUCUCGGCCCGCUCGGCGGGGGCCAGGGGCGACGGGGCCACGGACGACACGGCGGCGCUGCAGAACGCCAUCAACAGCGCGGUGGCGCAGGGCAAGGUCCUCUUCCUCGACUACGGCCUGUACCGCGUCACGAGCACCAUCAGGAUCCCACCGGGCGCCAAGGUGGUGGGCGAGUCGUUUCCCGUCAUCCUGUCGGCCGGCGCCUUCUUCAACGACAUCAACAACCCCAGGCCCGUGCUCCAGGUCGGCAGCACGUCGGGCCAGCCCGGGCAGGUCGAACUGAGCGACUUCCUCGUCGGCACGCAGAACGCGCAGGCGGGCGCCGUCUGCAUCGAGUGGAACCUGGCGACAACCGGCGCGCCCAGCGGCAUGUGGGACGUGCAUGUGCGCAUCGGCGGCUUCACCGGCUCGCAGCAGCAGGUUGCGCAGUGCCUCAAGCAGCCGGGCAGCGCGGCCGUCAACCAGAACUGCAUCGUUGCGUACAUGGCGAUGCAUGUCACGAAGCAGGCGAGCAACUUGUACAUGGAGAAUGUGUGGCUGUGGACGGCCGACCAUGAUAUCGACGAUGCGGCCAACACGCAGAUCACCAUCUACAGCGGUCGCGGACUCUACAUCGAGUCGCAGAACGGCCCCUUCUGGCUCUGGGGCACUGGCAGCGAGCACCACGUGUUGUACCAAUACCAGCUUGCCAACACGCGGAACAUCUUCAUGGGCCAGAUCCAGACCGAGACAGCCUACUUCCAGCCCACGCCCAACGCGCUCGUCCCGUUUAGCCCGGUCGCCUCGCUCAACGACCCGGACUUCGCCGCUUCGUGCGCCGGCGUGUCGGGCAACUGCGCCAACGGGUGGGGGCUGCGCGUGAUCAACUCGCAGGACGUGCUCGUGUACGGCGCCGGGCUGUACUCGUUCUUCAACAACUACAGCACCGCCUGCUCGACCUUCGCGGCCGGCCAGACCUGCCAGCAGCGCAUCGCGUCGAUCGAGGGGUCGGCGACCAACGUCAACAUCUACAACCUGAACACCAUCGGCACGCGCGAGAUGCUCAACCGGAACGGCGCCCGGGUGGCCUGGUACGCGGACAACGUGAACACCUUUGCGUCCAACAUUGCCGUCUACAAGAGCGGUUGAGUGAAAGUGAGUCCCGGGGAAAUGGUGUAGCAGAGCAGGUGUAGUAUAAGCCACUGGUUUUGGUGGAUUUUGCGAGGUAUUGUAUUGUAUAUACCUACAUGUAUUCCGUAUAUACUGUACUAGUACAGUAU